UUGUCAAGCAAGAGCGAAGGGCACUCCAGCUCUUGUUUAGCAUUACGUGAACAUCGGAAACAUCGGCAUCUCUUCUUAUUCGACAGGUUUUGGAGUCAGAUCAUGAAUGUUUAGCGACACUAAUAUUUGGUACGCUCGCGUGUCGUGUGAGCUAGCGUCGUGUCCAGGAACAAGGCGACGGUAAAGUCAUUUUACUUACGGAACAUUUAUUCCAUCGACCUUCCACGUUGCUAUUAACGGUGUAUGUACAGAAUUUCAAGUCCGAUGCAUGAGGUGGAUUUGUGAGCAUCCAGGAUGACAUCGGAGGCUGCUGCUGCUCCUGUCCCCACACCUCCAGCCUUAAGCAGCACUAAAGCGCGAAUAGACCACUACUGGCUCCGCUCUUUUGUUGCUGGAGGUGUCGCAGGAUGCUGUGCCAAGACUACAAUCGCUCCUCUAGACCGGGUAAAGAUUCUGCUUCAGGCUCAGAAUCCCCACUACAAACACCUGGGUGUGUUUUCCACUCUAAAAGCUGUGCCAAAAAAAGAAGGCUUCCGCGGCUUGUACAAGGGUAAUGGUGCGAUGAUGGUGAGGAUAUUUCCUUACGGUGCGAUCCAGUUCAUGGCCUUUGAUAAUUAUAAAAAGCUGCUUAGUAAACAACUUGGGAUCUCCGGACAUAUUCACCGCCUCAUGGCCGGUUCCAUGGCAGGUAUGACAGCAGUGAUAUGCACUUAUCCAUUGGACAUGGUUCGAGCCAGACUGGCCUUCCAGGUGACCGGGGACCAUCGCUACACCGGAAUCAUCAAUGCAUUCCACACCAUCUAUCUGAAUGAGGGGGGAUUCUUGGGCUUCUAUCGGGGACUCACCCCAACCCUCAUUGGAAUGGCCCCUUAUGCAGGUUUCUCCUUCUUCACCUUCGGGACCUUGAAAAGCCUCGGUUUGAAACAUUUCCCGGAGACGCUGGGACGACCGUCGUCGGACAACCCAGACGUUCUGGUUCUUAAAACCAAAGUCAAUCUGUUGUGCGGAGGCGUUGCCGGUGCCAUCGCUCAGACGAUAUCCUAUCCCUUGGAUGUGGUACGGCGAAGGAUGCAGCUUGGAUCCGUGCUUCCUGACGGACACAAGUGUGUCUCCCUGAGCAAGACCCUAUCUUACGUCUACAAGGAGUACGGGGUCAAGAAUGGCCUCUACCGAGGCCUGUCGCUCAACUACAUCCGCUGCGUCCCCUCUCAGGCUGUGGCCUUCACCACUUACGAAUUCAUGAAGCAACUCCUCCACCUCAAUUAGCGGCCGUGUCACUCAUCUGACUCGCGCCGAUGCUUACUUGGUAUGUCUUAAAAUGACCACACCAACAAAAUAUUUAGAAUGUGGUUUUUAAGGAUCAAAAAUUCUAAUAUUUUUGCAUCACGAUUCAUUGCUUUAAUUCCUUCGUCCCCAGGGGGCGUGAUGAUGCAGAUGUACACCGGAAGAAAACUCGGUGACUCAUAAGCUGCAGGAGAGGAUAAAGAAUGUAUGCCUCAAGUAUUGUCAUAUUGCUUGUUGUAUUUCAAAUAUAAUUCGCAUAAGUUUAUAACAGACAAAUUGAUGCGAGUUUCGUUAGCCUGCCUAUGGCCUUUUGCAUUGUGUUAGCUUUUUGCCAGCUGACUUACAUAAGUGACGUGGCUGGGUUGAAUGCACUGUAUGUACAGUGAUUCUUUUUCUUUUGUGUUUAGUUUUACACUCAAUUUCAACAGGGAGUGGCAGUAAAAAGCUUGAAUCCAUCGCCUCUUUUUUUUUUUUGACGAAGUGUUCACGCGUUCUAGCGUUUGGCACUCAAAUUUUUGCUCACAGCUCCGGGCAAAAACAUUCAGGCGACAGCUUGUACGUAUCCCAAAAAAACUCUUUAAGUCGGUGUACCACUGUACCUCUCGUUACAAGCGUGUAUAUAACCGGCCGCUGGAAAGAAGCGUAAAAUGAGCAACUGAUUAACUAUAUUUCUACCGUUACCGAGUAACAUGAAAUCCACACAUUUCUUUGGAUUUUUGGGAUGAGUUUGAUACACUGAAAGCUGAUGUAAAGAUUGCAUGACUUAGGAUUCAGGGCUUUAAAAAUAUAUAAGGGGUGCAAGUGGCAUGCAUGCCUUGUCCUUUUUUUUUUUUUUAAAAUGUCUGUCUUUUUUUUAAUGCCUCUUAAAAUCUGACCAGUUUGUCAAUCAUCUUUUAUUGUCUUAUGCCAAACUUUAAAGAGAACAGUAUAGUGAUUUUAUUAUUGGUUUUUUUUUUUGUUUUUGUUUUUUCGUUAUGGACACAGAUGUUUAAUGUGUGCUUAUAAUCACUCGCAAUUCUGUGUGCUCUGAUAUUCUUGUUGAUGUCCAUAUUUGAUUCUGUGCUGAAUGUAGAUCAGACAAGUCCGGAUCGGGCGAUGUUCUGAUAGGAGGGAAAAUUGCACUUUUAACUGUUUACCUUUUACUUCUGUUAUUUAUUGAUUUAGCUUCAUGUCGCCACUGGGUGGUGGCUCUGCUGACAGAAAUGAUGUGGUUUACAGUUAUAGCUGAAAAAAGUAAUGUAAAUAAAACCAAAUAGUGUGAAAUAAUUCUGUUUACGUAAUCUAACGUAAAUUGAAAACAGGCCUGCGCGCUAUUUUCCUUUUCAUGACAAAUCUUGGAAAUGAUUAUCAGUUUUGGCAAUCUGGUUUCACCGUUUUUUUUUCCCCUUAACUUUUAGCAGCCCUAGAUAUAUGUUUUACAUUCGAAAAAUGUCAUGGCUUUCACCAAACAGAAACGUCACAGGACGUAGAAACAACAGCAGUUAUGUAUCUUCUGCCAUCUAGUGGUCGAGCAUUUAAUUGUCCUGCCUUUCGCUUCUACUGUAUGUCGCUGGGAUAUAAAACCCCAUUCGUAAUUUGCAUUAAAUAAUUUUCGGACCAAAAUAAAAAGUGAAAUAAGGUAAUUUCUCACGGUACAUCUGAGCUUUUGUGGAACAAUGGUUGCUAACAAGUAUUUUUGAAAAAUUCAAGUGAAUUUGGGGAAUUUAUGCUGGCGCCACUCCAAAAUUUUACUCGAGCAACAGAAACACAAUGUCAGCAAUAUAAACUCAUGACUCCUAAAUAUUCUCUACAUUAUAUCACAUAUUUGUGCAAUGUGCUUGGCUACUUGAUCGAGUCACGUUUCGAGAAGUGACCGAAUAAAUAUAAAAAUGCCUUUGGAUGUCCAUAUUGUAUUUUCUUUCUCUGUUUGGCUUAUGUGUAUUUUUAAAAUCAGGACAUGAUAUUAAAUAUCACCUUGUUAACGCCAUA